GUCGGACGUGCAUUGCGCGUAACAACGAAUUGUUAACUUUAUUUAAGUUAGUAAUAACGAAAUUUAAAAAAACUACAUUUGAAAUGCUUAUCGACAGCGUACAGUAACAGAAAUUCAACGCCAAUACAAAUGUGAGCAGCAUGCAAGUAAAUACACAUUUAAGCGGGCUUAAAUCAGUAAACGUCUCGAAAAGUUGCCAUUUAAGCUUGGCUUUUGUAAAUACAUAGCCAAAUACAUAUGCAUGUAUGUAUGUAUACAAAAGUGUAGCUUGCCGGGCUGUGUUCGUGCGGUUGUUUUUCAAUAUCGUCGCCGGUGAAGCGGUAUAUUUGAUUAGUGUAAGGAGUUAAACGACACGCUUUUUAUUGCUUCAGCAAAAGCUAAAAGAAGUGCAAAAAGUAUCCGUGAAAAAGUGUAAGCCGUAAGAAAAUUGACACAUACACACAUAGUCGUACGCAUACAUGACGAUCAUUCAAUAUUGCUUCUUCUUGCGAGACGUGUUGCUCCCAAGCUUACCUGGCUGUGCAUGUGUGUAAGAGCGCGCGAGAGCUGCUGUAUGUGUGCGUUUUUGUGAGAGAGCGACAGAGGCAAGCGAGCGGAGUCAAGCUUUCAAGUUAAAGUUCUUUAGCUUGCGUCGGCGUAGCGUUGGCAGCAACAACAGCAACAGGUUAGACUUGUCUACAGCACUUUGGCUCUUUGAUACCCUGGAUCUCAGUCUUUAGCGGGCAUACACCAGCAAGUCAUCGUCUUCGUUAUGCUGUACAGUAAAAUAUGGCAACGUCGACACUUUAUGUUGCUGGGGUGACCUGUUUGGGGUUUGUGUGCUUUGCCUUGGCAUCUGUCGCCAUCGGCAUACCCAUUUGGGGUUACUACGACAGUCCGUCGGGUGGCUAUGACUACGAUCGCGGCUAUUUUGGCCCCUUCAAAGUGUGCAAGCAACUGACUUACAAUCGUGAGAAAUGCGGCAACGACGUCUCCAAGUUCAGGCUGAGCAAUGCGGUUUUUGUCAGUGGACUCUUGGCAGUUGGCAGCUCAGCGGUGCUGGGCAUCUUUUGCAUAUUGUCAGUCAUUCAACACGCGAUGAUAUCGUCGCGGGAGAAGGUUGUCAUGUCCUACACAUCGCUGGUCAUUGUCAAACUCAUAUUGGCCCUGCUGGGUGGUUUGCUGGCAAUAAUAGCCACAGUGCUGUUUGCCCUGCAAAUCGAUGAACAGGAGCGUUUCGGUUUCAAAAUAUCGCGUGGCAUAUCCUUCUAUCUACAGAUAGUUGUGAUUGUGUUGACCAUUGCAUUGUUUGUUGCCGCUUUGUAUGACGUCAUUUUCUCGCGCAGCUCUGGUGGCGAUCCAACAAUGGCGCUGGACGCUUCUUCGCCGGCUAGUGCCACCACCUUCAACAAUCCGGGCUUUAAAGAGCCCCGUAGCCGCAAUGGCGUCUCGGUGACAGACGCCUCGGGAAAGCCAUAUAGCGGCAUACGAAAUGGAGCUGGAACUGCCGGCAGUGUGGCUUCUAUGAGUACCACCGUGACCAGCGUUUCGAAUGGCUCCACGCUGGAGUCUGUUACCCGUUCGCCACUGCGCUCCAGUCUCAAAAAGCCACGUCCAAGGCCCGAUCCAACGCUGGGCAUACAAAAUCCAGGCUAUUCCGGAUCGGGCAGUUCACCGCCUAUGCGACGCAAUGGAAGUGUGAAAAAGGUGCGCAUUCAAACGCACAGCACGGAGGUUUAAUGGCGGGUUUGGGGCAAUUAUUCCCAAACAGUUACGAUUUUCGACAAGAGCAUCAAUUUGAAAUAAGAACGAUAACAAAAACAAUUACAAAGACUGUGUAAUGUAGCAACAACACAAAACGGCACUUCAAGAAACACAAAACCAAUGGAAAAGUUUCAAGAUUUUCUUUUUAUAACCAGAAAUUGAAUUAAUAUUUGCAUAAACAAAUUGUUUUCAUUUGUCUUCCGCACAAUGCCGCAAUGUUUUCUAAACAAAGGAAGAACCUUAUUUUCAUUUAAAUUCUGUAUAUGAAUUUUGUAAGCAACGGUUUCCGUCCAAGGGCAAAGUCAAAGUAGUUCAUUUAAUUUCCAUUUGACAUGUUGUUUGGUAUAUAUGAUUUAAUAUAUUGUUAACCAUUCUUCAAGUGUCCUUAAGACAUAUGCCCAGUCCCUCCACACGCUACAAAUCAAAUAGAGAGUACUUUAACAACUUUGUAUCAAUUCAAGAUACAGAGAUCAUUAAUUUGCAAUGUAAAAUAUAAACAAUUGUUGCUAAAGUUACCACAUAAAAAUACAUACUACAAUUAAGCUUGUUUGUUUAAAAAUACGUUUAAUGUUUAUUACUGUAAGUUACAGAUAAAAUAAAUUAAAUGCAAAUUAAUAUAAACUAUUA